AGCCGCAAAGGCAGCGUUGGUAAAAUUCUCCUGCCUCAAUUAUUUUUACACAAAAAUCAUCGGUGAAAUAUUUUUUGAAAAUACAAAAUUUCGAUUACUAUGAGCGAAACUGAGUCCAUUGUGGAAGAUACCGAGUAUAUAGCCGUUGAUGCUGAUGACUAUGUGGUGCUGGCCGAGGGCGAAGAAUUGGAACAAUGUGAAGAUGGCAGUGUCAUAUUUUUGUCAGAUGGCCAGGAGUUAAUAGAAACCAGCGAAGUGGUGGAACAACAUGAUGACGAUACUACCAUGAUGAUAACCGAAGAUGGCCAAAUGAUGAUGGUGGAAGAGGUUCACGAAAUUAUGGACGAAGAAAGUGGCGAUCAGCUGGCAGUUUAUCUACAGGAAGAAGUCAUCGAAGAACCCCCCACACCACAGCAAUUAUGGGUUGAAUUGGAGAAGAAACGAAAAAGAUUAAAUUUGCCACGAGUGCCGCGCAAAUUCAUGCUAUUCGAUGGCAUAUGUGCGGAAAUAGUAGACUAUGAUGAUGAGGACAGUUCACCUAUAGUGGAAUUUUCUAUGGUGGGUGAUGACCGUGAGGCGGAACGUUUGCCCGUUGAGUGUGGCGUAUGUCCUGACAUAAUGCACAAAUCUAAACUGGAAGCUCAUUUGAAAACACAUCUAAAGGAGGGAACCAAAAGAUAUAAGUGUAUUUACUGUGAGGAUGAUUUUGUGACCAGGGCUUAUGCGGCCGGUCAUGCCCGAAGGCAUAUGGGUAUACGUCCGUAUGUGUGUGUGCCUUGCAAAAUGUACUAUUGCACUAAACAGGAUUUAAAAGUACACGAACAGAGGCGUCAUCUGUCCAAGGAGCACAUUUGUGAACAGUGUGGCAAAACAUUUGCUCAAAAUACUUCGCUGCGCCAUCAUCGACUGCUGGUACACGAACAGCAGCGCAACUAUGAGUGUGAGCAUUGUGGUAAGAAAUUUUUACGCAAAUAUGCCAUGACCGAACAUGUACGCAAUGUGCACUAUGGCGACAGACGUUUACUCGAUUGUCCCUUCUGUGAUUUACGCUUCAAGGACACACACAAAUUGGCCAAACAUCGCAAGGAAAUGCAUUUGAAGCAGGACAAAUUUGAGUGUCGCAUAUGUGGUCUUGAAUUCAAUCACAUCGACUUUUUUGAUGCCCAUCGCCGUUCGCUACAGUGUCGCAAGAAACUCGGACGUCAUUUGUUCCAACAGAAACCGGACAACUUUGACGAAAUCGAACUGCAGCAUCAGCAGGACCAAACAAUAUUACCCGAUCAAUUACAUCAAUUCCACUAUGAAGAGCAACUCGAUCAGAGCCAAAUGUAUCACCAGCAACAAGUUGUGGAGGAGGUGGAAGAUGAUCAACAGCUUAGCCAACAUGAGUACAAUCAUGAACAAUUGGAACAGCAAGAGGUGGUGGUGGAAGAAAUUACCCAUGAUAUGCAUGACGAAAUAGUAAACGAACAUGAUAUUGAGGACUUGGAGGAGCAGGAGAAUAUCGAGGUCGAUGAACAUGAAAAGGUUAAAGCUGAACAACAACUUUUAUAUGAAAUUGCCGCCAUGGAUAACGCUUAACUCAACUCCACUUUCACAUUUUAAAUGGUUUUGAGGAUUUUUGUGGAUUUCGUGUUUAAAUGUUAUACGUUAGUUUUUGCUUUUCUAAUUAAGAUUAAGUAUACAUACAUAUGUAUAAUAUAAACAAUCAGCAAAAGUUAAAUAUUUAUAAUAAAAAAAAAUAUAUAUUUUUUGAGAACAAAAA